AUGGGAAUUAACGAUUUUGAGUUUUUAAACAAGCUUGGUGAAGGGUCUUAUUCCACAGUUUACAAAGUAAAAAGAAAGGUCGACAACCAAAUAUAUGCACUUAAAAAGAUCAAAUUUGGUUCAAUGUCUUCCCGUGACAAGCAAAAUGCUCUUAAUGAAAUCCGUAUAUUAGCAUCAAUCAACCAUCCUAACAUUGUUUCAUAUAAAGAAGCAUUUAUUGAUGAAGGCACAUCAACCCUCUGCUUAAUUAUCCUCUUUUCUAUCGACAUCAUAAUAAAUAUUUUUUUAUUUAUUUUUUAUCACGUUUUCCCUAAAAUGUAUAUGGAUUUUGCAGAGCAGGGCGAUUUAUUGCAGCAAAUCCAAAACCACAAAAAAAAUAACACCUAUUUUUCUGAGCAAGAAAUUUGGGAUAUUUUAUACCAGUCCACCACUGGUCUUAAGCUUUUGCAUGACAUGAAAAUUCUGCAUCGUGACAUAAAGUCCGCAAAUAUUUUUCUGUCAUCUGAAAGUGCUGUUAAACUUGGAGAUUUAAAUGUCUCAAAAAUAGUUAACGGUUUGGCUUAUACCCAAACUGGAACUCCUUAUUAUGCAUCGCCUGAAAUAUGGAAAGAUCUGCCAUAUGACUCUAAAAGCGAUAUAUGGUCACUUGGAUGUGUCAUUUAUGAGCUAGCUGCUUUAGAGCCACCUUUUAAAUCUGCAGAUAUGAAAGGCUUAUAUCGAAAAGUAACUUCUGGGAAAAUCCCAAGACUGCCUGACAAUUAUUCCUCAGACUUAAAUCUCAUAAUAAAAUGUAUGCUGCAAGUUAAACCAAGUAGCAGACCAUCCUGUGAGCAAUUGCUUGAAAUGCCUGCUGUUAGCAGAAAUAUCCAUAUUAGAAAUGACGUUGAAAUCAUUGAAAAUAAUGGAAUGCUAGAAACCAUCAGGCUACCUCCAAGCCUAAGAGCUUUAAAAGCCAAGCUCCCAGGACCUAACUAUGAUGGGAAAAAACGAAACCAAAGCGCAAGAAGAAGAGACGACGUCGAAAACUAUGGAAAAGUAGGUAGUGAAAAGAAUUUAAAUAGUGUGAUGACGCCUUCACCUAUACUGAGAGCGUCUUUAAAAGCGAAACCAACAGACAGAAAUAUUUUUAAAGAUAGACAAGCUCUGCAAGAGCUUAAUCCUAAUACGCCGAAGCUCCCACCUAUGCAUAGAGCUUCAUCUUUAAAUAAUAGAUAA